AUGCGUCCUGAUGGCUUCCCGUCCAAGCUUCUCAACCUCAUCAAGGCCUACUACGCUCACACUCGAACUAAAGUGAGGUGCUACGAGGAAGAAUCAGAUUCCUUUGUCGUCCGAACGGGCGUCCGCCAAGGAUGUGUGCUCUCCCUCAUCCUGUUCAACUACAUUAUUGACUGGAUCCUGGAGAAUAGCAUAGUUGGCCUCGCGGGUGUCAGAGUUUGCCACGAUUGCUCCAUCCCCGAUCUCGAUUAUGCCGACGACGUUGCAAUCCUUAGCAAGUUCAACGCGGAGGUCCAGCAUGCACUCGACGAGGUCAGUCGCAUGGCCAAAAUGGUGGGGAUGAAAAUUAACGCUUCCAAGACGAAAAUUCUCUCUGCGAACUACCCCCUACCUGAUCGAGUGGCUGUAACCCUCUAUGGUGAAGCUGCGGAAGAGGUCAAAAGCUUCAAAUAUUUUGGCGCCAAUUUUACAUUACUGGUCAAGCGAAGGACGAAAUCACCACCCGUAUAA